AUGGGAUACGAGCUGCAUGCAGAAUUCAGUAAUGACGGCGAGACACAGCACUGCCAAGACGGAGGCGUGAGCUGGACCCGCUUCGUGCAAGGCUUCGCCCGGCUUGCACAUCCCGCCAUUUGUUGCGGGGCGCGGCAAGAAAAGCAGGAUAAGCUGACAGACGUCGUCCUAAGUCUUGAAGGUGAACAGAACUUCAAGGACCUCUUUCGGGUAGGCGAGCUCAUAGGUCAUGGUACUUUCGGGAAGGUGUACAGUUGCUCGCGGUUAUCUGGAGAGGAGGCCCUCUGUGUAAAGAUUGUGGCCACGAGUGGACGCCAUGCUGCGAGAGCAUCCAAAUUGCCGGCUGGUGAAAGAUACGAUCUCCUAAGGCAGAUUGCAUCAUUGCGACAUCCAAACAUCGUGAAGUACCACCAGUUCCUGCAAAGCGGUGACUUCCUGUACGUCGUUAUGAGCCGAUGCCUUGGGCCGGACCUGGCGGAUCACCUUGAGGCAACUGGUCACCUCAAGAUGCAGGAUGUCAAAGAACUGUCCAGGAUGAUGCUCUCCGCAGUUGCAGCUGUGCACCAGCAUGGCUUGAUGCACCGAGACGUCAAGCCAGAAAACUUUCGCUUCAAGGAUCUUACCACCACAACCCUUCAGCUCCUGGACUUUGGGGCUGCCAAGAUUGCGGAUGAUGUGCCCAAGGCUCACACAGUUGUGGGAACGCUUCUCUACGCUGCCCCAGAGGUUUUCGACGGUGCCUAUGGCAGGUCCUGCGAUCUAUGGAGUUGCGGGGCUGUGAUUUUCUACCUCGUGUCUGGCCACUUGCCCUUCCAGACUUCGGAUGUGACCAUGCUUCGCAGCAUGCACAGAGAUCCUGUUCUCAACGGGGAGUGCUUGUUUCGUGGAGAACACUGGCGGCAGGCGCCGAUGGGUGCCAGGAGUCUUGUCCGAGGGUUGUUGAGUGUGGAUGUGAACCGCAGGCUGACCGCAGAUGAAGCUUGUGAUCACGACUGGUUUCUGAGUUUCGAUGAGGCCAUCCAGGCCAAUGAUGAUCCCUUGUCCCCCAUGAACCGCUGUGAGGGCAGCCGAGUAAAGCUUGCAGACUUGAAGCGAACGUAUUUCGACUGGAAUCUAGCGGAUUCCGAUAACAGUGGUGAGGACUGGGGAGACUCAGAGCCUCGUCGAUGA